ACUCAUUUUACCAACACGUUUACUUCCAUUGUUCUUUUAAAAAUUCAAGACAUGACUAAACUAUGAUGUUGGCGUGGGAAGACAAAUGCGAGUCCGCUUUGCAAACGGUGAUUACUAAUGACUUCAACAUCUUAAGACUCCGAAUAUCGGUCAUUGGUACAACAGUCGAAGCCGCACUGUCCGUUUGAUUCCGGACUUCAACCAUCACCAUGGAGGAAAACCGGCGGGAAGAUUUUAGCAAAGGCCCAACACCCAGAAAGCCUCUGCUCGAGCUCUUAUGGUUCUACGCCGUAGCUGCCUGCAUCAAGCUCCUUCUGAUUCCAUCUUACCACAGCACAGAUUUUGAGGUCCAUCGUCAUUGGCUCGCUCUCACCCACUCUCUCCCUCUCUCUCAAUGGUACUUCGACGACACCAGCCAAUGGACUCUCGAUUACCCUCCAUUUUUUGCAUAUUUCGAACGCUUCCUUUCAAUUUUCGCUAAUAUUGUCGAUCCCCAGAUUGUGCAUCUUCAAAAGGGUUUAGAUUAUAACACCAAUACUGUCAUAUACUUCCAGAGAAUUACGGUUAUUGUAUCCGAUCUGUGUCUUCUUUAUGGGGUUUAUAGAUUGACGAAGAAUUUGGAUCCGAUUAAGCGAAAGUUAAUUUGGGUUUUGGUUAUUUGGUCCCCUGCGCUCGUGAUUGUGGACCAUUUGCAUUUUCAGUAUAACGGGUUUCUUCUUGGGAUGCUUCUGAUUUCUCUUUCGUAUUUGGAGGAAGGGAGGGAUUUGAUGGGUGGGUUUGUUUUUGCAGUCUUGUUGUGUUUCAAACAUUUGUUUGCUGUUGCUGCACCUGUUUAUUUCGUUUAUUUGUUGAGGCAUUACUGUCGUGGAGGAUUUGUAAGAGGUUUUGGGCGGCUUACAAUUAUGGGAUCUGUUGUUGUGGCAGUCUUUGCUGCUGCUUAUGGGCCGUUUAUCUAUCAUGGUCAGAUACAGCAAGUCAUCCGACGCAUGUUUCCGUUUGGCAGGGGACUGUGCCAUGCAUAUUGGGCCCCGAAUUUCUGGGUCUUUUAUAUUUUACUGGAUAAAGGACUGUCAAUCUUGCUCAGAAAACUUGGAUUUAGUAUCAAGAUACCAACAGCUUCAUUUACCAGUGGUCUAGUUGGUGAUUCAUCUCCGUUUUCUGUGCUACCUCAAAUCACUCCCUUGACAACCUUUGUUGUGGUGCUGCUAGCUUUGUCUCCUUGCCUUAUCAAAGCUUUCAAAGAUCCUCAGCCACGAAAGAUCACUAGAUGGGUGGCCUAUGCUUAUGCAUGUGGUUUUCUAUUUGGGUGGCAUGUUCAUGAGAAAGCAUCACUUCACUUUGUAAUUCCGCUCGCUGUUGCUGCUGUGCAAAGUUUGGAGGAUGCUAGGCAUUAUUUCUUAUUAUCAAUAGUAUCUUGCUAUUCCUUGUUCCCGCUUCUUUUUGAAGCCCAAGAAUAUCCCAUCAAAGUGCUUCUAUUGCUGUUGCACUCCAGUCUGAUGUGGUUAGGAUUUUCUGCACAAUUUGACAAAGGAGAAUCAGUUAAACAAACCGGUUCAAAGUCGAAGCGACAUGUUCAAAAGAAAGGAAGUAUGACCGCAACUGGAGAACCAUUCUGUAUUAGAUUCGUUGAGAAGGUUUAUCUUGUUGGUCUUUUAGUAGUUGAAAUCUGGGCUCAGUUUUUGCAUCCUUUUAUUCUAGGAGGAACGAGUGCUCGAGAGAAGGCCUCUGUUGGCUCGAGAUAUUCAAGUUGACAAGCCACAAUUUGGCCAGUUAUUGUGUCAAAAGUUGGCAGCUCGACACCGCAAUCUGGAGCGAAGAUCUCUGUGAAGUUGUCGGACGAUGGAUUGCAGUUUACCGUGUUAUUACUAGUACAGUUCCCUUUGCAGAAGUUUAUGAAUUGCAGCGCCAUGCACCCGAGACCCGCACUAUCACUAAGGUGAGACAGCUUCGCAGCAGUUCGGUUUCUGUUGAUGAUAUCCACAAGAUCAUUUGCUGGGUUUCCUGUAGAAAAUGAAAUAGAAAGCGUUCCCAUGAAGUCAUCACAUUUGCUGCUGCUAAGGAUUAUAACAAACAUCAGAAACAACAUUAUUCUCCGUAUUCGUUUAUCUUGUGAAUUAUUUCAAUACCCAUUAUUAAAAGUCAAGGAAAGUGAUAUAUCACUCAUAAUACACAAUUCAAAAUCAAUGAACAAUAUACAAUCAUCAAGCUA